CAAAAGCCCAUUUUACAAUACGACAGUCUCAAUCUGCGAACAUCAGGGAAGCGUUAGCUGAUCCGCGAUCGUGAACUUCAAUCUCUCUCAGAUUUGUAAGAGCGUUAAUUUGAUCCGUCGAGUAAAUUAAGCAAAGAUGGGAGGAGGAGAACAUGGAGGGAAUGGGCAUGGAGCAGAAGAUUUCAGGACGAAGGUGUGGAGCUUGUCGGGUGGCCCAUAUUGUCGACCCAAGCACUGGCGUCGCAACACUGCGAUUGCCAUGUUCGGCGUUGUUCUCAUCUGUAUCCCCAUCGCCAUGAAAUCCGCCGAGCUCGAGCAACGACCCCAUCAGCCUGUUCGUCCAAUUCCUUCACAGCUUUGGUGCAAGAACUUUGGAAAUAAAGACUAUUAAGUCCGUUCACCCCCCCCCCCCCGGGGUUGAUGAGGUAUAAACGGUGGUUCAAACCAACAUAUGGGUGGUAAUUCAGCAAACUUGCAAUUGUUUAUUGCCGUGGAUUUGGUAACAUUUCCUAUGAUUUGAAUUUGAGAAUGGUUUAGCUUUCUAUAUGAUCAAUAAGUUGUGCCUGUUACUUUCA